AUGAUUGAUCUGGCAUCAGUUUACUAUGGGUUAUUCCUCGGUGUCUUCAUCUUCACGUUUGCAAAGGCCGUAUCACAGACCAGAGCCAUCUACAAGCGCACUCACAGCCUUCACAAUGCCUACCUUUACAUGAUCUGGACCGAGGCCGUGGUCAACUUCGUCUUUGCUCUCAUCACAUUCCUCUACCUCAAUGGCAUCAUCCCUGGAAAUCUGGGCUUUCUCCUCGCUACCGUCAUCCUGUGGUCGAUCCAGACGCAACUACUCCCUCAGAUCAUUGCCAACCGAGUGUCCUUGAUCAUGACGAACCGACGCCGAGCGAGACACCUGAAGUGGGGGCUCGUGGUCUGCAUUCUGUUUGUCAAUGGCGCCGUCUGCUACAUCUUCACCGUUGCACACCUCGACACUGCUACACCUUCGCAGAAGCAUACGAAUAUGAUAUUCGAGAAGUGUGAGAAGACGUUCUUCCUCAUCAUCGAUCUGGCACUCAACAUGUACUUCUUGUACCUGGUGCGGUAUCGUCUGAUUGCCGAUGGCCUGAAUAAAUACUGGAGACUGUUCAAUUUCAACGCUGGAAUGGUAUUUAUCUCGACAUCGAUGGACGUCCUUCUUCUGGGGUUCCUCAGUCUACCAGAUCCUUAUCUAUACGUCCAAUUUGCCCCUCUUGCAUAUAUCGUCAAGCUCUACAUAGAACUUCUCAUGGCAAACCUAAUCUCCAAGGUCGUUCGAGGUACCUCUCGUAGUCAGGGAGAAGGAUGGUAUUCUAGCAGUCGGGACAAGUCAAACCCAACAAACUAUGGUCUCACGUCCCGUGUAGUGGUGACUACCGGUCCACCUGUCCCUACCCGCGGAAGCAACAUCAUGAGUAGAAUGGGUAAAGAUGGUAAAGACCUAGAGAGCAACGAGGGAAACAACGGAUCACAAGUUCAUCUAGCGACAUUCCCGGAACCGCAUGGUAUCACAAAAACUGUUGAAACCACAGUGGUAGUGGGAGAUGGAGAGAGUGAUCGGACCUUUUAA